GGACAAUAAGCCAGUAUAAAAGAAAAGCCAGUUGAAAGCUUCUCUUAGUUUAGUCGGAGUGUGUGUUAUACAAGUAAUAGAACAUUUUAAAAAACUUUAGUGGAACCAGAAACUCAAACCACAUAUAAGUGGUUAAAUUGGGCUGCAAUUCUAGUUUAGUAUUUUCGUCAAUAUCAUUCGACAUCAGUACAUGUCAAAGCCAAAUAUCUUGGUGGCAAUUGACGCGAAGGAUGCAUUCCAUCCUGGAGAAAGAGUACGAGGAGCAGUCGUUAUUCAACUGAACGAAUCCAUAGAAGCGAAAGCCGUAGUUUUGAAGUUUCUUGGCAAAGCGCAUUGGCAUGAUGACGAUGACAGCGUGGCUUGUCAUGGCCGAGGAUAUCUUUUCAACAAUGAAAUCGCGUUAGACAACCCACAAUUACAGAAACGUGAAUCUGAGAUCAUUCUAGACAGUGGUCAGCAUACCUAUCCUUUCGAGUUUAUUCUACCCCCAGAGCUCCCAACUUCCUAUCGCCACAACUAUGACGGGAAACAUUGGAAUGCCUCAGUCACAUACACCAUUGAAGCGGUUAUCGAGAGGAAAUUCUAUGAACGAAACAAUUCUUAUUCUCUGGAAAUCCGUGUUCAGGAUGUACGCAACCUGAACCUCGUACCAGAUAUGAAUGAAUACAGCGAAGUUAUAAGUAAGAAAAAUGUGCGCUCGUUCUUUAUUUAUAGCUAUGGUUCAUCUCAUGUCAAGUUAUCUGUACCAAAACGAGGUUACUACCUGGGAGAUGUUAUCGAAGCGACUGUGGAAAUUGACCAUACUGCAUUCAGCAAUCAAACCAAAGAAGUGACACUCGAGCUCGUACGUGACACAAUAUACUUGGACGUCAAGGAUAACCCGGUAAAAACUGCAAGUUUAACAAUCAAGAAAAGUUUACUAAAGGAAACACUGCAGGCAAACACAUUUUAUAAAUGUUCUGAUAUCAUCUCAGUUCCCAUGGAUCUCACACCUGAUUUGUAUGUUAAAGAUAGUCUGCAGAUUAAAUAUUUUCUUUUGCUCACUGUUCGACAGUGGACAGCACGGAACAUUGUUUGCCGUCUUCCACUCACCAUUGCCGGGUUAGAUAGUGAACGCCUGUAUCCGUCAUUUGACAAUAAAAAACCAUUGAAAGCGGCAUGUAAAUAGCUUUUAAUCAUCUAUAAUUGUUCUAUAUUCUAUAUGGCUCAGCCACUGUGUGUUUUAGAAUAGUGUGAAUUGUGAAAUCAUAAUUCUUCACACGAAUAAAACUUGAUUUAACUUCCCGAUUGUUUGGAAAGGGAGUUUGUGGUGCAACUUCUAGACCAUAUAGGCAGCUCGGUCAAUGCGGUUACGUCUUACAUAAGCAACAGUGAAUUUAUCAGUAUAGAUAAAAAUGUAUGGGUUACAAAUAUGAGGAUACAGCUAAUGUUUCUGAAGUGACACAACUGUGGUGACAUCUAAUGUAAGUUAGCAGUCAUGCUUUCCGCGUGUGAAUUUUGCUGCAGAAACGUUUUGAAACAAUUUGCAGGACAUUGGCAUUCGGAUAACAAUGUUCCCUAGUUUGCCCCUGGUUUACGUCGAGCUUUUCUUACUUUGCUAAUGCUUUCGCAUUUAAUAGAAGACCUUUUCUAAUACAUAAUACAGAUAUUUUAUUCACAGUUUGUUGAGCAGAAUCA